AUGCCUAUCCCCGUCCCCCAAGCCGAUAGCCUCAAGGACCUCCUGAGCCUCAAGGGCAAGGUCGUUGUCGUCACCGGUGCCUCCGGCCCCCGCGGCAUGGGUAUCGAGGCCGCCCGCGGCUGCGCUGAGAUGGGCGCCGACCUGGCCAUCACCUACUCCUCCCGCCCCGAGGGCGGCGAGAAGAACGCCAAGGAGCUGUCGGAGACGUACGGCGUCAAGGUCAAGGCUUAUAAGUGCGACGUCGGCAAGUGGGAGUCCGUCGAGGGCUUCGUCAAGGCUGUGAUCAAGGACUUUGGCAAGAUUGAUGCGUUCAUCGCCAACGCUGGUCGCACCGCCAACAGCGGCAUCCUCGAUGGUUCCGUGCAGGACUGGGAGGAGGUCAUUCAGACGGAUCUCAACGGCACCUUCCACUGCGCGAAGGCGGUGGGCCACCACUUCAAGGAGCGCGGCACCGGCUCGUUCGUCAUCACCUCGUCCAUGUCCGGCCACAUCGCCAACUUCCCCCAGGAGCAAACCUCCUACAACGUCGCCAAGGCUGGCUGCAUCCACAUGGCCCGCUCGCUCGCCAACGAGUGGCGUGACUUUGCCCGCGUCAACAGCAUCUCUCCCGGUUAUAUCGACACCGGCCUGUCCGACUUUGUCGACCAGAAGACCCAGGACCUGUGGAACUCGAUGAUCCCCAUGGGCCGCAACGGCCAGGCCAAGGAACUCAAGGGCGCCUACGUCUACCUGGUCUCCGACGCCAGCACCUACAUGACUGGCAACGAUCUGCUCAUCGACGGCGGCUACUGCGUCCGGUAA